AUGAAGCCCAACCCAGCAGGCUCCUCCCCAGAGGCCUGCAAAGCUGCAGGACAGGUCCCAACACCGGGUCAACAGCAGAAGGCUCAGGCCACCCCUGUGCAGGCCUCAAGGCAGAAGAUUGUGGUCACCGGAGGAGCAGGCUACCUGGGCUUCAACCUGGGUUCCAGCCUGGCCAAGAGCGGCACUUCUGUCAUCCUGCUCGACCUCCGCAGACCCCAGUGGGAGCUGUGCCCAGGAACUGAGUUCGUCCAGGCUGAUGUCCGCAAUGCAGAAGCCCUGCACCGUACCUUCGAAGGGGUAGACUGUGUUUUCCACGUGGCCUCCUACGGAAUGUCUGGUGCUGAGCAGCUGCAAAAAGAGCAGAUCGAGUCUAUAAACGUUGGAGGCACCAAACUAGUGAUCGAUGCUUGUGUCCGCCAGCGGGUUCCAAGGCUUGUCUACACCAGCACCGUCAAUGUCGCAUUCGGCGGGAAGCCUGUAGAGCAAGGCGAUGAGGACUCUGUGCCAUAUUUCCCACUGGAGAAGCACACGGACCACUACUCCCGAACCAAAGCCAUCGCUGACCAGUUGAUCCUCAUGGCCAAUGGGACGCCUCUCCCAGGAGGAGGCUCUCUGAGGACGUGUGUGCUCCGACCCCCAGGGAUCUAUGGCCCCGAAGAGCAGAGGCACCUGCCCCGCGUGGCGAGCCACAUUAAGAAGAGGUUUUUCAUGUUCCGAUUUGGGGACCGACGGACGCGGAUGAACUGGGUCCAUGUCCGCAAUCUGGUGCAGGCCCACGUGCUGGCCGCCGAAGCCCUCACCGCCGCCAAGGGCCACGUGGCCAGCGGGCAGGCGUACUACAUCAAUGACGGGGACAGCGUCAACCUCUUCGAGUGGAUGGCUCCACUGUUUGAGAAGCUGGGGUACAGCCAGCCCUGGAUCCAGGUUCCUACUUCCUGGGUUUACCUGUCAGCCACGGUGAUGGAGUAUUUGCAUCUGGCCCUGAGGCCCAUCUGCAGCCUCCCACCGCUGCUCACCCGGAGUGAGGUGCGCAGUGUGACCGUGACGCACACCUUCCAGAUCGCCAAGGCCCGCGCCCAGCUUGGCUACGUGCCGGACAAGUUCAGCUUCGCGGAUGCAGUGGAGCGAUAUGUGCAGUCAACAGCCGGGCGGACCCGCGGCUCCACCGCGCGGACGCUCCUGCGGCUGCUGCUCGGGCUCUCGCUGUUCCUUGGCCUGCUCGUCCUGGCCCUGCGCUUCCUAGGCCUGCAGCCGUCCGUCGUCUGACCGUCA